AUGAAUUGGGCAUUUUUGGAAGGACUAAUAAGUGGUGUUAAUAAGUACUCAACUGGCUUUGGCCGGGUGUGGCUUACAAUGGUCUUCAUUUUUAGAGUGUUGGUGUUCGUGGUAGCAGCUCAAAAAGUAUGGGGUGAUGAAACAAGUGAUUUCAUUUGCAAUACCAGGCAGCCAGGCUGUGAGAAUGUCUGCUAUGAUAGUGUUUUUCCAAUCUCUCAUAUACGUAUUUGGGCUUUGCAACUGAUUUUUGUGACCUGCCCUUCUCUGCUUGUUGUAGCCCAUGUCAAAUUUCGGGAAGAGAAGGACAAAAAGUAUGCAGCUGGGCACAAAGGCUCCCAUCUUUACAACAACCCUGGAAAAAAGCGUGGUGGACUGUGGUGGACAUAUCUCCUGAGUCUUGUUUUUAAGGCUUGCUUGGAUGCUGUAUUCUUGUACAUCUUAUACUACAUCUAUGAAGGCUAUGAUCUACCUCGGCUCACCAAGUGUUCUCUUCCACCAUGUCCCAACACUGUAGACUGCUUCAUUUCUCGCCCCACGGAGAAAAGGAUUUUCACUAUGUUCAUGGUGGUCACAUCGGCAAUUUGUAUUGCUAUGUGCCUUGUAGAGAUUUUCUAUUUGGUCAGCAAACGCUGUGUGAAGCUUUACAACCGGCGGCAGAUGAUGCACAGCAAGACCACAGAGUGCAAAACCAGUCUUCAAAGCUACAAGCUGGAGAAUAGCUCAGAAAAUACAAAAUCAGAGUGUCUAAGUGAUACUCCUGUCUCAAGACACAAGAAAACCUCAGAUCCUAAUACAACUAUAUAA